UGACCGUCGCCCAGGUUGUGUCGAAAGCAUCCUGGUGUUAGCAGUUAGCUUACCGCUGACAAAUACAAUCAUAAAUAUUUGUAUGUAAUAGGCGAAUAUUAACGUGGCUCUAGUGAGGACAAAGAAGAUAAGGAACUACCCAAACUUGCUUUUUUCCCCCAACACGGUUGGAUAGCUGAUAUCUGAAGAGGCCAGUCAACACUGCUAACCAAAUAUUAGCGUUAGCUUACGUCCAAACUUUGACGGGCACCAGCAACAAUUCGUUAGCCAGAUGCUAGUUUGCCAAUGUUUCUACUACCACUCCAGCUAGCCGGGCAGUGUACAUUGUUAUUGUAGCAAUGAUGCUAACUAACUAGCGUGGCGGGUAUUUACGCCACCGUGUAAUGAGGCGUUAUUCUGAUCUCUCCUUUACGCUAUUACUAAGUAACGUUAGCUAGCUAACUUCUGAGUAAUGACAACUGUGAAGCAGCCUAUGCUAACGUUAGCCACGUAAACUUCAGUGUAACUCAGAUGCACACACUUGAUCAAACUCAUCAACGUAACUGAGUAUCUUUCUCCUCGCUAACGUUAAACGUAAAACAAACAGCAGCUAGAAAACAGCUGUAAUCUGAACAGCUCCAGCCUGUGUUUUCUGAUAGAUAUCUGCCCAUCACAUGAGAUAAAUGAUGCGAAACAGCAGGAUGUCAAACGCGUGGGGAUUAACGUCAGGGCAGCGGUAUUGUGUCGGAAACACAGCUGUCCGCUCGUCUCGGUAAUCCUUGUGUUCCUCACGAUGCAGACACAAUAGAUGUGUGUCGUUGUAAACGUGUAGUGUGAGGUCAACGUCUCGUGUAUACAGAAACAUCGGACGACCAAGUUCACUUUUAAUAGUCUGCAUAUACUAUAUUCGUUUUGACUUGAAAUGAUGCCCGGGGACGCAUCUGAUAGUAGUGAUGACUCCGAUGCAAAAACAAAUGAAACGGCCUGUACCGUCAAGCAUCAAAUCACCAAUGCUAACCUCACAGGUCACAUUGAGAGGGUCGGUAUGGAGAACUUUGAGCUGCUCAAAGUCUUGGGCACUGGAGCUUAUGGGAAAGUGUUUUUGGUCAGAAAGAAUACCGGUCACGAUGUGGGCCAGCUAUAUGCUAUGAAGGUGUUAAAGAAAGCAGCUAUUGUUCAAAAGGCGAAGACAACAGAGCAUACUCGCACUGAGAGGCAGGUGCUGGAGCACAUCCGCCAGUCUCCCUUCCUGGUCACGCUCCACUAUGCCUUUCAGACGCAGAGCAAACUGCAUCUCAUCCUGGACUACGUGAGCGGCGGGGAGAUGUUCACUCAUUUGUACCAGCGGGAUCACUUCCCUGAGGAGGCGGUGCGGAUUUAUAUCGGGGAAACAAUCCUAGCUCUGGAGCACCUGCACAAGCUUGGGAUUGUGUACAGAGACAUCAAAUUGGAAAACAUUCUCCUAGACAGUGAAGGCCAUGUGGUAUUGACAGAUUUCGGGCUAAGCAAGGAGUUUCUGGAAGAAGAGAAGGGAAGGACCUACUCUUUCUGUGGCACCAUUGAAUACAUGGCCCCUGAAAUCAUUAGGGGGAAAUCUGGGCAUGGCAAGUCGGUAGACUGGUGGAGCCUUGGGAUCCUGAUGUUUGAGCUUCUGACGGGUGCAUCUCCUUUCACCUUGGAGGGCGAGAGGAACUCCCAGAGUGAGGUGUCAAAACGUAUUUUGCGCUGUGAUCCACCAUUCCCCUCUAUGAUUGGACCCACUGCCCAGGACCUGCUGAGGAAGUUGUUAGUGAAAGAUCCCCACCGGAGGCUGGGAUCUGGACCACGAGGGUCUGAAGACAUCAAAGCACAUAAAUUCUUCAAGGGACUGAACUGGGCUGACCUAGCACAGAAGAAAGUGCCAAGUCCUUUCAAGCCGGAGCUGAAGAGUGAACUUGACACUGGGAACUUUGCUGAGGAAUUCACAGGGAUGGAUCCUGUGUACUCUCCGGCGAGCACACCGCCAAGCACUGACCGCCUGUUCCAGGGUUACUCCUUUGUUGCUCCCUCCAUCCUCUUCAACAAGAACGCGGUCAUGGGAGACUUUGUUCAAUCCCAUAUCGGUGCUGAUCGUCCAGCUUCAGCCUCUGUCCAACGCAGUGCAAUAUUAGAGGAAUCCCAGUUUUUUCAGCACUAUGAGUUGUGUCUUCAUGGGCCACCCCUGGGUGAGGGCAGCUUCUCUGUGUGCAGAAAAUGCCGACACAAGCAAAGUGGCCACGAGUAUGCCGUCAAGAUCGUCAGCCGCAGAAUGGAGGCCAACACCCAGAGGGAGGUUGCUGCUUUGAGGCAAUGUGAGACUCACCCAAACAUCGUCAAGCUGCAUGAGGUCUACACUGAUCAGUACCACACAUAUUUAGUGAUGGAGCUUCUGCGAGGUGGGGAGUUGCUUGAAAGGAUCAAGAGGAAGAAACUCUUUGGGGAGGCGGAGGCCAGUCAGCUGUUACAGAGCCUGGUCUCGGCUGUCAGCUUCAUGCACGAGGCCGGAGUCGUGCAUAGAGACCUCAAACCAGAGAAUGUGCUGUUUGCAGAUGAGGCGGAGGAAUCCAUGCUGAAAGUAAUAGAUUUUGGAUUUGCCCGCCUGUGCCCCGCAGGCAGCGCCCCCCUCCAGACUCCCUGCUUCACGCUGCAGUACGCUGCACCUGAACUUUUUGAGAGUGCAGGAUACGACAAAGCCUGCGACCUUUGGAGUCUCGGGGUCAUCCUGUACACCAUGCUGUCAGGCCAGGUGCCAUUUCAGAGUGAGCAGCGGGGGAUGACCUCAUCAUACGCUGCUGACAUCAUGCAAAAGAUUAAAGAGGGCGAUUUCUCAUUGGAGGGGGAGGCCUGGAAGGGCGUAUCAGAGGAUGCCAAAGAGCUUGUUAAAGGCCUACUGACAGUGGACCCAGAGACGCGUCUCAAACUCUCUGACCUGAAAGAGAACAGCUGGCUGCAGGGUGCAGCAUCCAUGUCCACCACUCCUUUGUGCACUCCAGAUGUGCUUGAGUCUAGUGGGCCUACUGUCCGCACCUAUGUCAAUGCCACGUACAAGGCUUUCAACCUUGGUAAGAGAGAGGGCUUCUUUCUGAAAAGUGUCGACAACGCUCCCCUGGCAAAACGCAGAAAACUGAAGAUGACAAGCACAGGCGUCGAGACCCGAUGGAGUUCAUCCUCUUCCUCUUCCUCCUCCUCCACUUCCUCCUCUGCCUCUGCCUCUGCCACAACAUCCAAAAUGCAGCCAAAGCAAUCUGUGACCCCAAAGCAAACUGUGACCCCAAAGCAGAGCUAGCCCUAAAUAACAGCAGAGAGAACAGAAGGAAAAUGAAGAGGUAUGUGCUUAUACGGGCAACACAGUGUCCUCCAUUGGUGAUGGGGUCACCCAGCUCCAAAAAAAAAAAAAAAAAAAAAAAAAAAAAAAACUGACAAACAAAGUUUUCAAUCCAUCUUUAAACAGCUUUGUUCAUCAUGCCAUAUUCUCCCCAAACCAGACUGUAUUUUUCUUGAAUGGAUGGAGGAGAAGAUGGUAGAAGUCUAGUCUGGCAUCUUUAAGAUGUACAGAAAUCUGUGGCCUUGAGAAAAAUAUUUUAAUCCAGUAUUCGCUGACCAUAAUAUGGUGGUAUUUCACACUAAAAGUUAAAAAAUGAGACAUUUACCUGUUUUCACUGUGGGUAAGAAGCAGUGCCUGGCUAUAUAGGGACAAAGGGAAAAAGGAGCCAUAAAUGAGCAG